AAGCGCUGCUAUGCAAACAUGACCUCCUCGAUUUAUCCAGCAGGAAGCGAUGAAGAUCAGCUCUUGUGGAGCCUGUAGCGUGAAACUCGUGUCCUUACACAUUCUACAGGAGUUAUUUUUCCUCCUCAAAGACGUCGUGGGGUUCUUAGAAGCAAAGCCUCUCGUCGAGAGCGUCACAAGUCCGCACUCAGCCGAGGUAGCGCCCGCCCGGGUAAAUCCCUUUUCUACAGUCUUCGGUGCAACUUGGCUCUAUCCUGGAAGAAGACCCUUGUAAAUUUAAAGCGACAUUGCCAACAUGAAGAGCAAAUGUACUGCCGUUCUUAUGGUUGCCUGCCUGCUGCCUCUCAGGUGCAAUGGCAUGGCAGCGGAACGACAAACUCUCUGCAUGUGUCCAAAAAUCUUUGAUCCCCAAUGUGGGGUCAACGGCAAGACUUACGCAAAUGAAUGCGAACGUGUCUGCGCGAAUGUAGACCUCGCUCACACAGGCCCGUGCGACAAAACAGAAGAAGAAGCUGGAAAGGCUGAGCCUGUUCCUAUUCAUGAAUCACUCGAGGAAUGUAUCAACAAGUGCGACUGGACCUUUAUGCCUGUCUGCGACGUUACCGCACAGACGUGGGGGAACAUGUGUGAGCUCGAGUGUGGAGGCCGAAAGCCCGCGCAUCCGGGACCUUGCACUCCAGCGGAGGUGGAGGUGGCCGCAGCUCCAGUCGGAUGGAGAGGACCCAGCCUGGACCAACUCACAAAAACGAAGACAGUUACUGUGACACUUGCCAGCGGACAAAAAAAGACCUGCGAGUGCCCUGUUGUUGCUGCAUUCGUCUGCGGCAUGGACGGAAAAACGUACGCAAACGAAUGCACUCGCGACUGCCACGGUGCAGGCCAGCAUCAUCCGGGACCUUGCAAGGGAUACGAUCACCCGACUGCGCAGGAAAAAUGCCCUUGCGACAAAUCCUUCACUCCGAUGUGCGGCGUCGACGGCAAGACAUACCAGAAUCUGUGUUACUUGCAAUGCUUUGGAGUCAGGAAGCUGCACGAUGGCACAUGCUGGAACUAAUUGGAGAAAUGAAAAAAUUUCGAAACUAUCUGUUCUAAGGACUGAAAGCUAGCGGAGAGAAAGUCUCACAGUUUCGUUGUAACCUUUCAGGCGACAGCCGGGAGCUGUGGGCGUGGGAACACAUGAGUUUUGUCUCCAUGGCAAGGGUGUCAUGGAAGUGUAUUUUUGUGAAAUGUCAUAUGUUGAUCACACCGCGCUUAUAUAUUCCUCUGGAAUGACCAGCGCAGCGAAACCAUUACAAAUAAAUUGUCCACAAGAGAUGCCGAAUGGUAUUUGUAAGGAACGCCCCUGCUGCCUUCCGUGAUGGUCUGAAAACUCGACAGACAUACCCCACGUACAUGCGUGCACUGCAUCUAUACAAUGAAAACAGCCUCCUUCUGGCUGCGUACACUAGAACCGUUUCCGUCUGGUUUCGUUCCCCAUGGCCAACUCUGUCGGCUUGGCGGCCUUUCGGCGCCGAGCUUCCGUUGCCGAGUCUGCAAAGCGUGAUUCACGGAGGGGAUGAACCCGGGGAAUGCGAAGAACGAAAGCCUUUGCAGGAAUUCAAAACAACGCUGCAUGCUACCGCUGUGCCAAAAGUAAGGUUACAGGUUGGAGCAAACGGGAGACCGGAGACUGAAACAGAGACGAGAAGCGUUUCACGCUGCGGCGACUGUGGAACCGCAGCAGCGCGAUAUCCGGUUGCCUUUUCACUGUCUCCAGUCGCUGUGCGUUACGCAAACACGGACAUUCUCGCGUCCAUUCGCAAAGGCAAAAACGGCAAAAAGCUCUGGCAGACUCGCAGGCGGCUUCGCUGCAGCUGAUCCCGCAAGGAACUGUUGUGACUCACGCGCGGUCUGUCGCAUUUUAAUGCCAGACAGCUCAUUCCAUUCACAUCCUCCCUCCUGUGUCCCACUGUAUAUCCGAACACGCCGAGACAAAUACGUUUUACGCAACUUGUUCUCGUGCGUACGCCAAAAGGUGGAUGCAUGGAUGCAUGCAUGCCGGGUGUCGGUGACAGCCACACCCGAGCGGCUGUUUAUGUAUCCCUCUGAAUCUAGAGCACUCUCUGCCGCCCUAAGCAGCUAAACACCUUGACACAGAAAAAACUACGCGUGCGUCUCUGAAACAUCUUACAAAUACGUAUCGGCUGUACGUUGUAAAACCGGACGGCGGCCGAUGAUUUGUAAGGUUUGCAGACUACCUGCAUCGAAGCCGACACAGCUUGUGGGACCUCUCGGACGGGGCCUCCACAAAUAGACAGCGAGGAGAAGCUGUCUGGAGAAAAGAGAGGCAGACGCGAGUCGCCUUUCCAAACCACAAUCGAAGCUCUCUAAACGCCUCUCUUUAACCUCAUGCACCAACGCGGCACCCCCUUCACCAAAUAACCACAUACAACACGAGAAAGGGGGACCGAAAAAACGCACGUCAGCACAAAGGCAAAUUCUCAAUCCGAAAGAGAACGGAAAAAGCCAGUUGCGCUUGUUUUUGUUUCGAGAUGCGUCUGGAGAGAGUCAUGUGGCGAAUCCAGCCGACCUCGUGAGUUAAGACUUG